CUGUAUCGCUGUCCACGCACGCGCGCGCGCGACACCGACCGCUCGAUUUCUCGUUUGCUCCGGUUCAGUUUUGUGAAGACGAGUCAGCAGUACGCAGGCAGCCAGCUGAGUCGUGGAGCUGGUACGGUAGCGGCAGUCGCAGAAAAGUGCCGCUUCAAAAGCCGUAACUGUGGCUUCGUUGUGUGACGAACGGUCGUGCUUCGAUUCUAACUACGUGCGGAAAUUUCGCUUGCAGAAAGAUACGUGCAGUGCGUGUACUGUGAAUGUCUCCUGUAAUAUGAUGGUAAUGUUGUGCGUGGGAGGUAGGUCGUGGAGGUUAGCAAGAAGAUAGGUGUCCAUCUUCCGUCAAUCUGUGUCUACAGUUCAGUGUCACGUAGAUCGCCACAGGGUACGGUGCAGUCUAGCUACAAGACCACGCCAGCGUCACCACCGAACCGAAUGAACUUUAUUGGCACGUUCUGCUCGCGACAUGGCGGAAUACCUCUGAACGACCAGAACCGCUCAGAGCUAUUGCUCGUUCACCUGUUCGCACCCAGCUAUAGAUACGUAUACAAUUAAAUGUAUCUGUGUGCAAGAACACAAUAACUAGCCCAGACGUGACGACAGUAAUACGACAGGCAGGCUAUACGUGCACACACGUAAAGUGACAUUUACGUUGAAUUGCGGCACGGAAGGUGCUGCUACGGUCGGAACCCUGAGCGAGUCCUAAUAGUUAGUUUGUUAUGAGUCAGGUCGUCGCUAUCGGCGCCUAAACUACGGAGCUAAAGACGAUAAAGUGGCAGCUCAGCCAGCACUGGGCCAUUAGACAGCCUGAAGACCUGCCCGCUCGGAAUGAGGCGAUCAGUGGCCAACCCUUGGUUCGUAUUCGAUGGCCGUGGUUAUAGCUCUGGGUAUGGGCCGUGGGUGGAGUCUUCCUAGUCUUAAUGUUGCUUGUAGUCGAAGUCAGAGAGGAUAGCGGCCGUUACCACUGUUGCCGUGAGCAAAGAAAUACGCAGACGAUCCUAUGAGAUCGUAAGGUUGAGUGAAGUGAGUGUUCACAGGAGAGCUGCAACCUGGCCCAACUAGCUACCUGCUACCUAUUACCACUGAUCCUGAAAUUCGUCUUCGUCGUUGUUGCCUCCCUUUUUGCCCUAGAACGAUCGAUCUUCCCGUCUAGGAGGCAGCUAGGUGGACGGCGAAACGCCGUCAUCAACACCAACUGCUAGGCAAGGAAACUCUGAGUUGGGAACUCCCUGUCAGUAGACCAAAGAAGCUUCCUGUUUUCGUUGGCCCUCUUCCCCUCGUUGGGACCUGAGUAUAAAAGCGUGCAAAGUGGGUGUAAAGUGAGGAAUUGUCAGAAAGUUUGCCCUCCGAUUUGUGUAGUUGUGCAACAAUGGUAUGACCGCCAAUAGAUACAUCAGCUGGAUUUACGUCUCGAUCGUAAGGCCUCGGCUACUUUCCGACGAUUGUGUCGUCCCCAACAUCAUAGCAAUUACCUCAUCGAAGGACUAAAUUAACCUGUUCGUGCACAGAAACGAGAAUACGGUUCAAGGGAGUGCGUGCGGAUUUGUACACUAUUUCGCUGACGACAGACUAGCCAUCAGGCGGAAAGCGGCCCUCGGAACCGGAUUGGGCUUUCGAUGUCUCCAUUUGACCUCGGGACAUCAUCUUCGCUGCCGGCACCCGCCGCGAUCAACUUGAGACGUUCUCGAAUGGAUAUAGCGCCCUCAACAGCCGCCGCCCUGGCGCAGCAGCCUACAGAUCUCUCAGUGGUUAAGCGUUCACCGUCAUCAUCUCCAGCUCGGCCUUCCCCUUCGCCACCAUCUUCGUCUGCCUCACCGAAUCCGUCAGCGGUUGCCUAUUUUCAGCAGGCCAUGAUGAGUUCAUUAGCAAGGCUAGCUUCGGGGGGACAAAACCCGUUACUGCCGUUUCCAUUGGGUUCUCUCGGUCCGAGCUACCAAGCGCUUUUCCUUAGUCAGGCAAGGCAGGCGGCUGUAUCACAAUUGGCGAGCACAACACCCGCACUGCACGUUGGACGCACGACGCAUGCACCGAUCGGCCAUAAAAGUUUGACGCCUUCAGUUAGCUCAUCGACGCCGACAAGCGAACGCAGCACUUUAACGUCAUCGAUGUCAUCGCCGUCGUCAGCGUCGUCUCGACGAAAAUUCGAUUUCGCUCGACUUGCCGAGUCGGCGACAACUGAAGACCCCCGAUUAGCAGCUUUGGCGCAAAGUGGUCUUAAGCAGCCAGCAGUAAAACGGCCGACGCCAAUACCAGCGCGCGGUUCAGCACUGCACCUGCCUCCUCACGCGAUUCCGCGCGCAACAGCAGCAGCAGCAAUCGGCGUGCCCCCCUAUGCACAGGGAACACCUCGGCUUCCGGGCUUUCCGUUUGCUGGAAUGCGACCAGAAACGAGACCUCCCCCGCCCCCUGGAAGGCCUCCUUUUGGAGUUCCACCACAUUCGGCUGCUAUGAUGUUUGAACGCAAGCCAAGAGGACCAAGAACGUCGUCCAGGCCGAAAAAAGAGUUUAUUUGCAAAUUCUGCCAAAGACGAUUCACAAAAAGCUAUAAUCUGCUCAUUCAUGAGAGGACACACACUGACGAACGGCCCUAUAUCUGUGACAUCUGUCAUAAAGCGUUCCGACGACAGGAUCAUCUGCGUGAUCAUAGAUACAUUCACUCGAAGGAGAAGCCAUUUAAAUGUACUGAAUGUGGAAAGGGCUUUUGUCAAAGCCGGACGCUUGCCGUUCAUCGUAUACUUCACAUGGAAGAUUCGCCGCACAAAUGCCCCAAAUGCGGUCGGAGCUUUAAUCAGCGCUCGAACCUCAAAACGCAUCUGUUAACUCAUACAAACAUUAAGCCGUACACGUGUGCCCAUUGCGGCAAGGAGUUCCGUCGCAAUUGCGACCUUCGUCGACAUAAUCUCAUUCAUACACUCGGUAUUCCCGAGGGUCCAGAAUUAGAUAAGGCCUAUAGUAUGCUUCCUCCCGAAAUGUCACCUGAACGAGCUGAAUUGUUAAGUUCACCGGAACCGUCGCAUGAAGAUGCCGAUGCGCCGGAGGAAGCCGAUCUCGAUGUCGAAAAUUAGGCUCGAUUCUAACGAUGACUUGCAAAAGCAAACAGACAGUGAUAGCGGUAACGUACUGCGGAUUUCCCUCAUCGUAUUAGAACUUCAUUUGCGCCCCGGUGUUCUUCAGCUUUUGUGGACGAACUGCGGCAAAUCACCUUGUUAAUCUUGUGAACCCACCCUGAAGUUUAUUUCUUUACUGUACAAUAAAACUUUUCCAUGAUCCGCUGAAAAUUCUCCGAAACACAAAAAAAAAGCAAGCAAGCAGCAUAUUCUUAUCCAGAGGGACCCAUUUGUCAUUGGGUGGAUACAUGUGUUCUUCUGAGAAAGGAAGAUCAGAUCUCCAGUUAGCUUAGCAGAAGACAAUCCACGAUGUUAUAGACAGGCCAUGAUCGCCGGUGUAGCAGUAUCCGUUAGUCGGAGGAGAAACGCUAGAAAAAUAACAAUCUUUACGGCGAGCUCAUCUUCAUCACCCGCAAAAUCCUAUUCUGUAAAUAAUCCUAUAAAAGUAUUAAUAAUUAAUGAAUAAUUAUGGCGUAUAUAUAUAUAUAUAUAUAUAUAUAUAUAUAUAUAUAUAUAUAUAUAUAUAUAUAUAUAUGUGUGCCGCACGACUUGUAUAGCAAUGAAGACAUAAACAGCUACUUCGUUUUGCGGCGUAUUAGUUCUCGAAGUUGCACUUAGGACAUAAAUGGCUCGAUACAAGUAGGGAACUAGUAGGCACAGCAAGCAAUGACUGACUUGAAAUGGCAACGAGUAGCCUUGCGCGGAUUCAAAUCAACUUACUACCGAUUCGAUAAGACCCCAUGUCAAAUUUGUCAUGCAACCAUUUUUCCAAUGCAGAAUUCCCCUCUUUCGGGCAAUUUUCCCAACAUUACUUAUAGUCCAUCUAUUGCUAGCUGCGACACCGCUAAGAACAAAAUGUGAUUUUACCGCAAAUUAUCUACUGGAUUAGAUCUUUCUAUAGAUUGUAUGUAGAGGGCACGUCAAAUGACUGUGUUGGAGGCAAAGGUGGCCAAAACAGGGUCCGAACAAAUAUAACCUAACUGUAUAUAUCGUUGUAUAUUGUGUGUACUAUAUAUAAACUCACUAGAACCGGUGAGGCAUAAUCUAUGAAGUAUUUAUGAGGUUAUA